AUGGGCCUCUGGACCUACGCCGCCGGUAGCACCCAGACUGAGAGGUUGAGGAGAAAACAUUGCAUGCGAGGCUCGUAUUUGCUUUUGUCGGUGAUGCGCUGGAUAAGUGUCUGUUCCGGGGGAGAUGGAGUUGUUCUGUUUCCCACAUGGCACCGUGCGUAUCUUCUUAGGCUUGAAGAGGCCCUACGCAGUGCGCCUGGAUGCAGAGAUCUGGCUUUGCCAUACUGGGAUGAAGUUUCCUCCGAGACAAAGGAGGAGGGCCUCCCCAACCUCUUCACCGACAAGAGCUACACCUUCCAGGAUGGGACGUCAAUCCCAAGCCCCCUCUUCUCGUACCAGAUGCAGCAGACUGUUGUCGAUGAAGACGACGAGGAUGGCUACACCAAGCCCGAGGGAUACCGGACUGUUCGAUACCCCUACUCGGGCCUGGUCAGCGGGAAAUGGAAGGACCAGACCGCUCUCCACAACGAGACAGUGGACAAGAACCCACCAGAGGAAGUCACUCGCCUGUUGAACGAGAACAUCAAGAGAUGGCUCUUUGCCCAAACAUUCAAGAACCAUGAGGGCAAGGUCAUCGCAGCUGGCGAAGCAGACAACUAUGUGAAGUGUCUGGACGCGCCCAACUACACCAUCUUCUCCAACACUACGUCGGCGGCUGCACACAACGGCAAACACAAGAACGAGUCCACGGAGCGCCCUGUUAUCCCUCUCGAGCAACCACACAACGCCUUACACCUCGCAGUUGGUGGAUUUGACGUGCCUGGCCAGGGGAACUUUGACGUCUACCCGUUUGCCAAUGGCGACAUGGGGGAGAACGACACGGCAGGCUUCGAUCCAGUGUUUUUCUUCCACCACUGCUUCAUCGACUAUACAUUUUGGAAGUGGCAAGAGCGUCACAACAGCACCGAUAAGCUGGAUCUCAUCAAGGGAGACCCCGGAACGGAGAUCAAGAACGAUCAAGGGCAGGUGACCGGCUAUUAUACCCCCGACACCCCCCUGGUGCCCUUCAAGACUACUGAUCGUUCUACUGGAGCUGAGCGUGACACAACCUCAAACGACGUUGUCAACAUCGCCGACCUUGGCUACACUUACACAGAGCCAGGCCGCGACGGCAGGCAUGGCAUCAUGCCAGGCGAACAUUUUGUCGACGCCCCGAAGCUUGCUGUAGACGGCAUCAACCGAGGCAAGGUCUCCGGUUCUUUCAUCAUCUCCACGUGGGCCAAGACCGAAGACGGCCAGCCUGACAGACUGAUUUCGACCAAGGCAGUGCUGAGUCGUUGGAACGUCGCUCAGUGUGACAACUGCCGGAGCCACCUUGAUGUCAAGUCCUUUGUCCAUCUCACGGACUUCUCUCACGAGGAGGCCAGCAACACCACGUUCUAUGCCAAGAUCCAUACGAGAGAGAAGCCAGAAGGUGACAAGAACUUUGGGGGCCGUCAAAUUCCCAUCGCUUUGAAGGCAUGCAAGGCAGACGGUUACGGGAACUAA